CUUCCGACGGGGGUGCGGCUCCAGGAAACGGCGCGCUCGCGGCUUAGCGCUCCCGGGACCCGACGCGCCCCGGACGACCCGGCCGACUCAGCGGGACCACCCGGCGGGCCCCAGCGCGGGCAGCGGGGUGAUCGGCCCCGGGUCCGAGCCUCGGACAUCUCCGACGGACGGGGCGGGCAGCGCGGAGAGCAGCCCGGGAGGCCAUGGGGACCCAGGCCCGGCCCGCGGUAGCGGGCCAGCGGGAGCCCCGAGUCUGAGGAGGCGGCGGCGGCGGCGGCGGCGGGGGCCAUGACCUCGGUGUGGAAGCGCCUGCAGCGCGUGGGCAAGCGGGCCGCCAAGUUCCAGUUUGUGGCCUGUUACCACGAGCUGGUGGUGGAGUGCACCAAGAAAUGGCAACCGGAUAAGCUGGUGGUGGUGUGGACCCGGCGGAACCGACGCAUCUGCUCCAAGGCCCACAGCUGGCAGCCAGGCAUCCAGAACCCAUACCGGGGCACCGUGGUGUGGAUGGUGCCGGAGAACGUGGACAUCUCUGUGACCCUCUACAGGGACCCUCACGUGGAUCAGUACGAGGCCAAAGAAUGGACAUUUGUUAUUGAGAAUGAGUCCAAGGGGCAGCGGAAGGUGCUGGCCACCGCCGAGGUGGACCUGGCCCACCACGCGGGGCCCGUGCCGGCCCCAGUUCCCCUGCGGCUGCGGCUGAAGCCCAAGUCAGUGAAGGUGGUGCAAGCCGAGCUGAGCCUCACGCUCUCCGGGGUUCUGCUGCGGGAGGGCCGCGCCACGGACGAUGACAUGCAGAGUCUCGCGAGCCUCAUGAGCGUGAAGCCAAGCGAUGUGGGCAACCUGGACGACUUCGCUGAGAGUGACGAGGAGGAGGCUAAUGGCCCGGGGACCCCCGAGGCACGGGCUCGUGUGCCCCAGCCAGGCCGGGGCGGCGCCCUGAGGCUGGGGCGUUUCCCAGACCAAUCUCGGGAGCUGAAGACACUUCAUGAGGAGGAGGAGGAGGGCCGCGUACAGCCCCGGCAGGCAGCUGCCAGCCCUUCUAGUGCGGAGGAUACCGGCCCAGCCCCUGUGAGUGCCCCUGCGCCCCCAGCCAGGGCCUCCCGGAGCCAGGGGUCAGAACCAGCUACUGUAGCAGGGGGCCAGGUGGGACUCAAGUCCCCCAGACCCCCAGGAACCCCGCCGGAGAAGAGGCCCUCAAGGCAGCCAGGCCAGGAUGUGGCGCCCACCCCAGCACCUCGGCUCCGGAAAGGCUCUGAUGCCCCUUGGCCCCCAGGCGCCCAAGGGGAAGACGAGGCUCCCAAAGCCUCAGGGCCUCCCCUAGCAGGAGUGGGUUCUUCUGGGGAGACCGAGGCCCAGGAAAGCCCUCAGGAAGGGACAGAGGCUCAGGGAGCCAGGCUGGGCCGAGGCAUUGAGGAUGGAGACUCCAGAGACCCUUUGGUAGGGCAGAAACCCAAGGUGGAGCAGGGGAGCCCUGGGGACAGGCGAGGGGCUAGAGGGGUGGGCACUGAGCAGGAGUCAGGAGUCAGAGAGGUGAACGCUAAGAGGUCAGACAUCAGAGCGGGGAAGGCUGGAGAGAGUUUAGAAGUGAGUCAAGUGGAUGCUGAGCAGAGGCCAAAGGUGAGACAUGUGGACACUGAGGGACCAGAGGCUAUAGGGGUGAUGUCUGAGGCAAGAUUCAAGGAGACUCCCGAGGCUCCUCCAAGGGGCUCUCAGGGGAGGACAGGGGUCAGGACCAGGGAUGAGGCUCCCGCAAUUCCGAGCACACCCCCAGCAGAGCCUGCAGGGCACACCAGGCAUCUUGGUGACCUUAAGGGGGCCAGGGCUGCCACAGGCCAGGAGAGAGGGGGUGCAGAGGUGAGAGGCAGAGCUCCUGGUGUUGGGGGGACGGGCCCGGAGCUGGGCCCCUCUGUUGGAACAGCAAGCGUCAGGCCCCAGGUGAGCAGGCCCCAGGGCGCCCCACCAGCAGCUGACCAGGGAGUAAUGUCUAGGGGUCUGGGGUUCUGGGAGGCAGAGGCUGGGGAUUUGAGGGUCCUGGGAACAGAGUCAGAGGUACUGGGGAAUCAGGAGACAGAAGUGGGGGGAUCAGGGUUCCCAGAGAGAAAGACUGGGACAACAGAAGCUAAGCUGUCGGGGGCCCAGGAGACGGAGACCAUGGGAUCAGGGGUCCUGGACUCAGAGGCUGCUGGAAUGGCAGAGUCUGAGGAACUGGGGACCCAGAAAACGGAGGCUGGGGAUUCAGGAUUUCUGGGGACAAAGACUAGGAGGACGGAGACUGAGAUAUUGAGGGCCCAGGAGAUAGCUGGUGGUUCAGGGGUGCGGGGGAUAGAGCGUGGGAAAGCAGAAUCUGAAAUAUGGGGGGCCCAGGAGACAGAGGUGGGAGGUUCCAGGAUGCCAGAGAUAGAGGCUGGGAGGGCAGAGGCUGAGAUAUUGGGGACCCAAGAGCCAAAAAUGGGGGGUUCAGGAAUAAAAUCUGAGAUAGCAGGGACCCAGGAAACAGAGGUAGGCAGUUCAGGGGUCCCAGGAUUCAAGACUGAAACAGCAGCAGCUGAGACACUGGGGACCCAGGAGCUAGCAGCUGGGGCCUCAGGGGUCCCAAGGUUAGGGAAUGACACAGCAGGAGUCCAGGAGACAGAGGUGGCGGAUUCAAGGGUUUUAGGGCCAGAGGUUGGGAUGGCAGAGGCUGAGGGCCUGGGGACUGAACAGACAGAAACUACAGUGUUAGAGGCUGAGAAGGUGAAGGCUAAGACUUUGGGGAUCCAGGAGGCAGAGACUGGGCUCGGGGGGACCCUCAAAUAUGAGGCUUUACGGGACUCCAUCACUAAGCAUGGAGUUUUAGGGCCCCAGGGAGUAGAAGCAGAGGCAGAGACUACAGUUUUGAGGGUCCAGGAGGAGGAAGCUGGGGUUUUGGGGGUUUCAGAGGCCAAGUCUGGGGCUUGGGGGAUCCCGGAAGCAGAGAUGGAGGGUUUAGGGCCUCCAGAGAACAAAUCCAGGGUUUUGGAGGCCCAGGAAGCAGAAGCUGGGGUCUCAGGGACUGAGAAGGGAAAAGAAGCUGAGGGAAACCUCCCAGAGGCAAGCCUGACUGAGGAGCAGGUAGCCAGUGGGGCAGGGGCCGGGGUGCCCAAGCCCUCGGGGGCCUCUUCCCCAGAGGAGCCUGAAGAGGACGGGAGGCUGCCGGGCAGCCAGGCACCGCCUGCCCCAGUCAGCUCCAGUCAAUCCCUGCUGGAGUGGUGCCAGGAAGUCACUGCUGGCUACCGAGGCGUCCGAGUCACUAACUUCACUACAUCGUGGCGCAACGGCUUGGCCUUCUGUGCCAUCCUGCACCGAUUCUACCCAGAGAAGAUUGACUAUGCCUCCCUGGAUCCACUCAACAUCAAACAGAACAACAAGCAGGCCUUCGAUGGCUUCGCGGCCCUGGGCGUGUCGCGGCUGCUGGAGCCGGCGGACAUGGUGCUGCUGUCAGUGCCCGACAAGCUCAUCGUCAUGACUUACCUGUGCCAGAUCCGCGCCUUCUGCACCGGGCAGGAGUUGCAGCUGGUGCAGCUGGAGGGCGGCGGCGGCGCUGGCACGUACUGUGUGGCCAGCGCCCGGCCGAGCCCGCCCGACGGCCUGGACGCCGGGGGCCUGGCGCAGCGGCUGCGCGAGCAGCGGGCCGAGGCGCCGGAGGAGCCCAAGGGGCCCAAGGGGCCCAAGGAGCCCGAGAACCGCGCGGACGGAGCGGCUCCCGAGGCGGCCUCCAAGGACCACGGUGCCGAGGCCGCCCAGGAGGCGCGCGCGGCGGAGGCCCCCGCCGGCGGCCCCGGAGCCCGGGCGUCCGUGGCCCCGGCCGAAGGGCUGGUGAACGGGGCUGGGGCGCCGGGCGCCGGGGGCGGCGUGAGGCUGCGGCGGCCGUCGGUCAACGGGGAGGCCGGGCCGGUGCCCCCGCCCCGCGCGCACGGCUCCUUCUCCCACGUGCGCGACGCCGACCUGCUAAAGAAGAGGCGCUCGCGGCUGCGGAACAGCAACUCCUUCUCGGUGGACGACGCGGACUCGGGAGCGGCCGGAGCGGCCAGAGCUUCCGGAGCCGCGGCUGCAGAAGGCCUGAGCCCUGACCCCGGCCCUGCCCCUGGCCCACCCACAGCCACAGCCCCACAGCAGUCCCCUGGUGGGAGUCCCCCAUCAGAGGAGCCGCCCCCAAGUCCAGGGGAAGAGGCUGGGCUGCAAAGAUUCCAGGACACAAGUCAGUAUGUGUGUGCAGAGCUGCAGGCCCUGGAACAGGAGCAGAGACAGAUAGAUGGGCGGGCAGCCGAGGUGGAGACACAGCUGAGGAGACUUAUGGAGUCAGGUGCCGACAAGCUGCAGGAGGAGGUGCUGAUUCAGGAAUGGUUCACAUUGGUCAACAAGAAGAAUGCUCUCAUCCGAAGGCAGGACCAGCUGCAGCUCCUCAUCGAGGAGCAGGACCUGGAGCGGAGGUUCGAGCUGCUGAGCCGGGAGCUACGGGCCAUGCUCGCUAUCGAAGACUGGCUGAAAACGGCCGCGCAGCAGCACCGAGAGCAGCUUCUGCUGGAGGAGCUGGUGUCGCUGGUGAACCAGCGCGACGAGCUGGUCCGGGAUCUGGACCACAAGGAGCGGAUCGCCCUGGAGGAGGACGAGCGCCUGGAACGCGGCCUGGAGCAGCGGCGCCGCAAGCUGAGCCGGCAGCUGAGCCGGCGCGAGCGCUGUUCGCUGAGCUGAGGCCCCGCCCGCUCGCAGCGCAGGCUUGGUCGCCGCCGCGCGGGGUCGCCGCCCGGGGCUGGCGCUCCGGGGGACCCGGGCCGCACGGCCCGCAGCGCGCCGCUUGUGGGGGCCGCCGCCGUCCCCGCACCGGGCGGAGGAGGGCGGCCCCUGGGGCCCGACCGACGGGAGCGGCUGGACGGCCGUGCCGUCCGGGCCGUAUUUAUUUGUCCUUGUGAGUGCGUGUGUUCGCGGGGCCGGGCGGGGGGGAGGGUCCCAGGAGCGCCCCGCAGAACAACCCCUCCCCGACGGCAGGGCCCGGGCCGGCCGCCUGGGCGAGCAGGGAAGGCGGCUGAACCGCUGCGCCCCCGCCCUCCCCCCUUUCCUGAUCGUCGCGAGCAAUAAAGUUGGACGAGGCUA